GUUGGUCUUCUCAACCAACGACAUCAUUCAUUUGUUAUUCAGUCGACUGAUCGGAUCGUAGUUACCGCAGUACAUCGGCCUGCUAGUUUGUUUUCUGUUUAAAGAAAAGUAAUAAAGAAAAGCAAAGGAAAAAAAACAAUUCAAAAUGAAUAAAAGUGUAUCGAAUAUCUGUAAAAUUGCCGCUUUGUUGUGCAUUGUGCAAAGCGCUAUCGCCGGCGUUGUGGAUAAUUCAGUGUAUGUAGAACGGGCUCGCAUCAACAGUGGAAAUGAAUUGGUCUCAACCAUUCUAAACAAUUGCUACAACAUGGACUGUUUGAAGAGCAACGUAUUGUCUUAUUUCAAUACAAUUUUGGGUGUCGAAGACCGUUCAGCAGCCCGUUCCAUGGAAUCAGUUGACGAACAAAUCUUUGAUCGUGUUGCAAAAUACUUGAAAACCAACGAACUCCAUUUCGAAUUGCCCGAAACAUUUUUCCGUAAAUCGGAAAUCACUUUUCGUGCCGACCGUGGCUUCGAUGUGAAAGUCUCCGAAGAAGCAGCCACUGAAGCUCGCAAACACAAAGACGAUGACUUGAAGAAGAAGCUUUUGUUGCCUGCACUUUUGCUUUUGAAAUUGAAAUUGAAAGCCAUCCUGCCAUUGUUCGUUGGUAUCAUUGGAAUUAAGGCUGUCAAAGCUUUGAUCAUCUCCAAAUUGGCUUUGUCUUUGGUUGUUGGAUUCAUCGCUUACAAUUUGUUCAAGAAACCAGCCGCACCAGCUGCAUCCGCCGAAACAUCCACCGCCGCUCCAUCAUCGUACGAUCCAAACAGUUGGGAACCAAGUGCAACUAGCGGCGGUCCAUACGCUCGUGUCUGGGAUCCAUCAGCACAAAACUUGGCCUACAGCGCCUAUUACUCGGGCGGCUCAUCGGUGGCUGGCAACAGCGGUAGCUCAGCAACCGCUUCAGCCACUUCAAAACCAUCCACCUACUCAACCAUCUAAAUCGAUUGUUUUCAAUUUUAAUUUAUUUUUGCUUGUAAAUGCAUUGCUGUACAUUUUAAAUUCUAUUUAUUUCUUAGCUACACAAGAAAUGACACAUAGAGAAUUAUGUAACUUAUUCAAUCGAAACCAAUUAUUUAUUCUACCAAAUCAUAAAUUAUUGCAAAUAAAGUGUGGAAAAAACAUUAA